AAAUCUAUUCAUAGAAUAGACGACAGACGAGACGUAGAAUUUCGUAUUAGUGUCCAUAUUGCUAAAAGAAAAAUAAAUUUCAUCACCAGCGAAGUGUACAAAUUGAUUUCAAUUAAAUUCAAUUAACUUGCUUUGACACAGAGAACUUAUCGUUCUUUUGUUCAUCGAUUUGGUGCAUCGACGAUACUAAUAUUUUGAUUUGGUUUGUCCAACGCAAAUAUAUAUUCAUUUAAUCGCUUCAAGAGAAGUGACUAUGAAAGUUCAACGAGGUUUUAAUUGAAAUAAAAAAAAAAGUUCCGAUCGUAAGAAAGUGACUCGAAGUUCUCAAUUGAAACAGUGGAAGAAAUAAAAUUGUAAAAAUGAUGAACAACAUGGAAUUGUCUACGGAAACAGGAUUGAUUGGUGUUCAAAUACCUGUGUCGAUGAUCACGUCACCUUCGGUAUCCACAUUUCUUGCCGAAGAAGAGGCAUCCAUGUGUCCACUAUUACCGGCGACACCAAGUCCCCCGCCAAUGGAUUUUAUUCAUCCGCUAACACCCAGCACAGGCAUUGAAGAAAAUUUGACAGAUGUAGCAGAUGAUGGUCAAGCCGAGACUAGUAGCUCAUCGGGUAGUUCAUCUGGAAUUUGUAUGGACAUACCAGUUGCUGGGACAACUACUCUUUAUAACAACAAAAAUGUCUACCAAAAUUUAGGAAACAACAACGAAACCUUUCAGGAAAAUGGUACCAAACAGUACGCAAGUUUGAAUAUACAAAUUACAAACGACACACCAGGCUUUGUUCAUUGGAAUUGGCCGUUGAUACGAAAGUGUUCGUUCUUCUUUUUCAUUUCUGGAGUCGUUGCCAUGGCUGGCAUGGUUGUGAUGAUGAUCUUAUCACUGCCUAAGUCGUGUAAUCCCAAGACUGCGUGGUACAAAGGCACCGUUUUCUAUGAAAUAUUUCCAGCCAGUUUUCAAGACUUAAACGACGAUGGCAUAGGAGAUUUAAUGGGUUUGUCAGCACGCAUUGGUUAUUUGCACUCACUGGGCGUUGGUGUCGUUCGAUUGAAUUCCAUAUUUCCAUCAAAGCAUUACCCUGACCAUUUUCAAAAUGUUACAACUCUAAUGGACAUUGAUGAGGUUCUUGGCGGCAAAAAAGAAUUGAAAGUCGUUGCUGAUUCUUUGCACGCUAAAAACAUGUCUUUAGUACUGGAUCUGCCCAUUUAUCCGCUUAUCAGAGAACUGAGUGAACCACAGGAUCCUAAUAGUAUCGAAAACAACAAAACAGUUGCCGUACUUAGUACGGAUGACGACAGCGUGGAUGAUGAUGCCAUACUAAAAGCUCUGAAGCUGUGGAUUAGCCUUGGCGUUGAUGGCUUCUAUAUCAAAGGCUUGGAAAAUUACUAUGACGACCCGUAUUUGCUAGAAAAUGUUGGAUUGUGGAAGAAGACUAUUGGUUCUAACCGGAUUUUAAUCGUCAGCAAAACACUUUUCGAUAGAGUUGACCCGAACACGGCGAACGAACUUACUCGAUCGGUAGAUUUGGUAGAUGUAUACUUGGACAUCUCACAAGGGAGUGAAAAAGUAGCAGCAGAAAUAAAAAGCACAAUCCAAGGAGUCCUAGAACCAGGCGAUGGGCCAUAUAUCCAGUGGAGUUUAAGUGGAGUAUCACAACGACGUACCAGCGAAUUAUCACCGAAUACAACCCUAGCUGCAACCUUAAUGGAAUUGAUGUUGCCCGGAUCGCCUAGCAUAUUUUAUGGUGACGAAGUUGCGUUGCAGAGCGCCCACGAUCCACUGGGUGACCAUUCCGAUACCAAACAUCUACAUCAUUUGUCAACAAUGGAAUGGAAUACGACACAUCAAUUCACAGGCCGUAAAACUUUGCCAUGGUUACCAAGAGGUGCGGCUGUCUCAUUCGAAAACAUCGAUGAUGUUGCGGACAUGAUAUCUCUGAGGGAAGCAUCCCCGUCCAUUUAUCAAAACGUUAUCAGAAAGUCAUCGAAACCGGAACGGAACACUUCGGUCAAAAUUACACGGCACGAUGUGCUUAUAUUGGAGAGGUGGUAUCCCAGGCGACGAUCUUUCGUUUCGAUUACGAAUUUCAGUAACAGGAAGUUGUCGUUGGAUUUGUCGUCAAUGUUUUACAGUGGAGAAAUAGCCAUUGGUAAGCUAAAGGGCGAAAGAGUUCUAUUUUCAGAUUUUGAGAUCGGACCAACUGAGACGAUUAUUGUUCGGUUAGAUAAGUAGAAUGUGUUCUAGACUGUACUGUACGUUUAAUUGUAUAUUUUUGUUGAACAAUAAAGAAAAAGAAAUUGUUGGAAACU